AUGGCUACCAAUCUUUCGAACCCAUUCUUAUUACACCCCUCUGAUCAACCUGGGAACAUCUUGGUCUUCAAAACUCUUCAAGGAGACAACUACAACAUAUGGAGCCGUGCUAUGCGCAUCAGUCUAAGUGCUAAGAACAAGCUAGGCUUGGUCGAUGAAACUAUUGACCCAGCUGCUGAAAUAGAUAAACAAUUUGCAUUGUGGCAACGAUGCAAUGACAUGGUCCUCGCGUGGAUCCUAAAUUCUGUGCAUGAAGACAUUGCAAGUAGCAUCUCCUACUACACAUCAGCAGCAGAUGUGUGGGCUGACUUGUGUGAUCGUUUCUCCCAAGGGAAUGAUUCACAUGUUUAUCAAAUUAAGAGAGAAAUUGUUGACCGCAGACAGGAGCAACAAUCGAUCUCAGUCUACUACACAAAAUUAAAGGCAUUGUGGGAUGAAUUGACGUCCUAUCAUAAGCCCCCAACAUGCACUUGUGGGGGUUUGAAAAAGAUUAAUGAACGCGAUGAAAAGGAAAGUGUGAUGCAGUUUCUCAUGGGAUUAAAUGAGUCUUAUGUUGCAGUACGUGGCAAAUCGUGUUGA